GCUUACAUGCACCAUGAUUGCUCACCACUAAUAAUUCAUCGAGACAUAUCGAGCAAAAAUAUUUUGUUGGAUUCAGACUUUGCGCCUCAUGUCUCAGAUUUCGGCGUUAGUAGAGUUUUAAAACCUGAUUCAUCCCUUUGGACAGCUCUUGCUGGAACAUAUGGAUACGUUGCACCAGAACUUGCUUACAUAAUGAGGGUGACUGAAAAAUGUGACGUUUAUAGCGUUGGAAUAGUAACAUUGGAAGUGAUAAUGGGAAAGCAUCCCGGAGAACGUAUCUCCACUUUGCCAUCAUUAUCCUCUAUUGAGCAAAACAUAUGGUUGAAGGAUAUAGUUGAUCAACGCAUCUCAACUCCCACAAAUCAGGUUGUUGAGAAAUUGGUUUCUCUUAUGCAAUUGGCAUUCUCUUGUUUGCAUGAAAAUCCACAAUCUCGGCCAACCAUGCAACAAGUGUCUCAAGAGCUACCAAUUUGCAACAUUUCCUAAAGCAAUUCCACAAAAUAACAUUGGGACAACUAUUGAUUCUUAAGGUGAGAAUUUAGUCCAACAUGUGAAGAAUUUUGUGUAGUUUAAGCCCGUGUAGCACUUUCCUCCCUCUGUGUGUGGUAUACAGUGAAGAAUGUGGUUUGUUUAUCUUGUAUCU